AUCGACGAGUGGCUGGUCUUGUCCUUUCUUCCCAAAUGAAAAUCUAAAUCCCACGAACACGCACAACUACAAGACAGUGCCUUCUCCCAAUUUCAGUAAUGAGAAUGUGGCCCUCGGCGGAGACUCUCUCAAACAUAAAGGAAGCGAGCGAGAGCGUGGUAUCCACGCGUCGCCCCUGGCGCGUCUUCCUGGACCUCUCCGCCUUCAGCCUCCCCUCCUCCAUCUCGGAAGCCACCACGCGCCUCGCCCACAACCUAACCUACUUCCUCGCCAACUACGCCCUCCUCCUCCUCCUCAUUUUCCUCCUCACCCUCUUCCGCCACCCCUUCCCUCUCCUCCUCUUCCUCCUCCUCUUCGCCGCCUGGUACUUCCUCUACUUCGCCCGCCCCGACUUCCCCCUCGCGCUCCUCCCCCUCGCCCUCGCCACCCUCGUCGCGCUCUUCGCCACCGGUGUCUGGCCCAACCUCCUUCUCUCCGCCGCCGUUGGGGCCGUCGUCGUUUGCUUGCACGGUGCGCUCAGGAGUACGGAUGAGCUUGCUGGCGAUGAUCAAGAAUCCCCCUAUGGCCCUAUGCUUGGUGUUGGGGACUCUCCUUCUGCUGGUGCCUAUGUUCCUGUUUGACUUUUCUAUUUCAAUUCUUUUGUACAAUUCACUAACACUAUCACUCUCUUUCCAUGAAUUCUUCAUCCCUGCUAUUGCUAUGCUGUCUUGUAUAUUAGCUUCCAUGCACCAAUACUAAAAUUUUACAUGUGUUUUGUACUCUUCUCGUUUUAUUGCUUAAUACAGAUUUGCAUUAUAUUUCUGCA